AUGAGUACCUGGCAAACCUUUACUCAGUACCAACCCAGCCCGACCAUCGUCCCCCACCCCCUCAACGAGUACCCUGCCAAAGUGGACUUGCAGAUCCGCGUGACUGAAGGUUCUCAGGAACAUAUAUUUUCUGGGAUUGGUUCUUGUCAACGAGAUGAUGAUGAUCCUAAUCCUUACGGAGGCAUAGUUUACAUUUAUAACCACAAGGAAGUUAAACUCUAUACACCUUCCAUUUCUGAUACACCUCAAAAGAAUACUGAUGGUAGUUUUGCCUAUACUGGUGGAUUGUCGUUUAAUGGACCAUUCUUUGGAAACUACACAACCGCUGACGUCAGAUCACAAGCUGUGGACGGGGCCUAUGCUAAUUAUGUGUUUGAAGGCACUGGAUCAGCACAGAGCGACGGAUCGACUUUCUUCGAAAGAAUAGGCGCUGUGGUGUACGCGUAUAAUUCAAAAGAAGUCAAUCUUUGGUACCCAGGAUCUGAAGAUUAUCUUAUAUUCAUUGGUGGAGCGUGGGGAAGCGGUGCCCCUACACAAACAUCUAAAACAGCGAGUGUGUCUGUUAAGGUCAUCAACGCUGAAUCACCCUUGUCAGGCUGUGGGUUAUCUUUGUGUUCUUCAAAUUGGAAUACACUCACCACUACUUGCUCACCUUCUCAUCCAAUUGAUAUCCCUAAUGCGGAUAAAUUUAUUCUUGAUAACAACACCAUAUAUACGUGCGUGCCUGGUUACCAAUCAAAUGGCGGGAAAAGUGUGAUUGCAUACAAUGGUACUAAUUGGGAGGAAACGGACUACAGCUGCUCAGAGCCAGCUUCUUGUCUCGAUAACAGCAACAAUAAGACACUGUUUUACAAUAUCACUAUCCUCGAAAAAUUGGUGGAAUCCCUUAAAAGGAACCUGACAAUUGAUAUGAAAAACACAAGCGCAUAUCGUCGAUCUUUGACAUGCGCAACGGACCCUCGAGCAAGUGCCUCUCACCUCGGUUUUCUGGGAAUAUUUAUUUUGAGUUUAACUGGAGGAUUGUUCGUGUGUGCUGAUCUUUCUAGAGUUGUGAAAUCAACAGAAAAAUUGUACUUUAAAUAACGAUGAAAAAUAUUUAUAUUUUCAAAUAC